AUGGGCGCCUCGAAACUGCAGGUCGCCAUCGUCGGCCUCGGCCGCAUGGGAGCGCGGCACGCGACGCACUUCCACCACCUGACGCCCCGGGCCAACCUGGUCGCGGCCUGCUCGCCGGAGCCCAAAGAGCUGGAAUGGGCGGCGCAGAACCUGGAGGGAGUGCGUUUAUAUGCCGACUACGACGAGAUGCUGGACAAAGAAGGCAGCGCCCUCCAGGCUGUCGUCGUCGCGUCUGCCACCGCGGUACACGCCGAACAAAGCAUCAAGGCAAUCUCUAGAGGUCUGCAUGUGUUGUGCGAGAAGCCUUUGAGCACGGACGUCGUUACGUCUCAAGCUGUCGUAGACGCUUACCGACUGUCACAAGUCACCUAUCCACAGCAGAAAGUCGUCUGCGGCUUCUCUCGACGGUUUGAUGCCUCGUAUCGUGACGCCCACCGAAAAAUGACCUCGGGAAUGCUGGGACGAGCUUGUGUCCUGCGGUCGCAGACCUGCGACAUGUUUGACCCGUCGGGGUUCUUCGUCGAGUAUGCGCAGUUUUCCGGGGGUAUUUUUGUCGAUUGCUCCAUCCACGACAUCGAUUUAAGCCUGUGGUUCUUUGGGGAAACUGCGGUCGUCAAAUCAGUCACUGCCAUUGGGAUCACAGCCCUGUCGCAGGAGCUAAAUAAAUAUCACGACCGUGACAACGCGCUUGGGGUGGUGGAGUUCUAUGGUGGCAAGAUUGCACAGCUCUUUUGCAGCAGAAUGAUGGCGGCCGGCCAGGAAGAUACAACCGAGAUCACAGGGACCAGGGGCAAAGUUUCCGUCAACGUCCAACCCAGCUUAAACCUAGUCAACAUUCACGAAGCAGGAGGCGUCCGAAGAGAAGUCCAGCCCGACUACUACUCUCGUUUCAGGGACGCCUUCAUCACCGAGGCCAACGAGUUUACGGCCUGUUGCUUGGACGAUACCGAGCCUCCCUUCAAGUUGGAGGGGGCAGUAAACGCGUUGAAGAUCGCCCAGGCUCUACAGGAGAGCUUGAUAACUGGCAAAAAGAUCAACUUCGAUAUGGUUGGUCAGAGGCAGGUAGAAGGAGUGCAGGAGCAUGCUAUCAGCGCGAGGCUAUGA